AGGCCCGGACAAAUGGACUUCUUCACACUAAUGGGCCGACCCACACAGUCUAAAAUUCGGAGUCGGCGGCGACGACGGCCACCUCCGCCUUCUUCUACUCUCCGGGCUUCGGUCACUGAUUCCGGCGGCAAGAUUUUCCCUCUUCCAGUCACUGAUUCCUAUUUAUCCUUCAAAAUUUUAAAUUUCUGAUCUGAGAUUAGGGUUUUCUGAAACCCAGCCAUGUCUAAGCGCAAAUUCGGAUUCGAAGGAUUCAGGAUGAACCGCCAAGCGACUUACAACUUCGAGCGGUCUCAACCACCGCAGCGCUUCAAUUUAUGUUGCGUUUUCCGUUCUUCUUGUUGUUGAUUAUCAUGGAAUGAGUGAGCCGGAGAUUGCUGAAUACCAGAGGAGCUUGGCUAUUCGUGUUUCAGGUUUUGAUGCACCAAGGCCAGUUAAGACGUUUGAGGACUGUGGGUUUUCUCCAGAGUUAAUGUGUGCUAUUGCAAAACAAGCAUAUGAAAAGCCUACAGCGAUUCAAUGCCAAGCCUUACCAAUUGUUCUCUCUGGGAGGGAUAUUAUUGGAAUAGCAAAAACUGGUUCUGGUAAAACUGCUUCAUUUGUGCUUCCAUUGAUUGUUCAUAUUAUGGAUCAGCCUGAACUUGAGAAAGAAGAAGGUCCAAUUGGAGUGAUAUGUGCACCUACUAGAGAACUAGCACAUCAAAUAUACUUGGAAAUGAAGAAAUUUGCCAAAUCAUAUGGGAUACGCGCCUCUGCUGUUUAUGGUGGAAUGUCCAAGCUUGAUCGGUUCAAGGAACUGAAGGCUGGAUGUGAGAUAGUUGUUGCUACACCAGGUCGGUUGAUAGACAUGCGAAAGAUGAAGGCAUUGACAAUGAAGAGAGCAACUUAUUUGGUACUUGAUGAGGCAGAUUGAACGUUUGACCUUGGAUUUGAGCCUCAAAUAAGGUCCAGAGUUGGUC